AUGUCGCAGGGCACCAGGGGCACCAGCAGCCUCCUCCUCCUCGGGCUCCUCUCGGCGCUGGGGCCAUCCCCGACGUCCUCCAUCCACGUGUACACGCAGCGGGAGGUGUAUGGCACCGUCGGCUCCCACGUCACCCUCUCCUGCAGCUUCUGGUCCAGUGAGUGGAUCUCCGAGGACAUUUCCAUCACGUGGCACUUCCAAGCCGAGGGAACCCGCGACAGCACCUCCAUAUUCCACUACGCCAAGGGCCAGCCUUACAUCGAUGACGUGGGCAGCUUCAAGGAGCGGAUGGAGUGGGUGGGCAACCCCCACCGCAAGGAUGGCUCUAUCGUCAUCCACAACCUGGACUACACCGACAACGGCACCUUCACCUGCGACGUCAAGAACCCCCCUGACAUUGUGGGCAAGUCCUCCCAGGUCACGCUCUACGUCUUUGAGAAAGUGCCCACCCGCUACGGCGUUGUGCUGGGCUCCAUCAUCGGUGCGGCGCUGCUGCUGGUGGCCGUGGUGGUGGCCCUCGUCUAUCUCAUCCGCUACUGCUGGCUGCGGCGGCAGGUGGCCCUGCAGCGACGGCUGAGUGCCAUGGAGAAGGGGAAGCUGCAGCGAUCGGCCAAGGAUGCAUCCAAGCGCAGCCGGCAGGGAGCUAUUUCUGCCAACGCGCUGCGGCUCCCAGCACCCCCGGUCACCCCCUGGACCAGCCCUGCAACCACCUCGCGGUGGAGCACCAAGAAACCCUGGAGCCGGGGCUGGGAACCGCUGCCAAAGCUGGACCCCGAGCAAAACUUUGAUGCCUGGAGGGAUGCUGCGCCGCAAGGCCUUCGUCCCCCGAGGAAGAGGAGCAAGCGGUGGCAUCUUUUGUUGCUGCUGCAAAGAGCGGCGUGA